UUGAAUUUUGUUUCGUGUCCUCUGUUUUCUGUUUUUUACUACUUAUAUUUUUGUCGCAUGGAACCGAGAAACAUCGUCAUCUACAAUUUGUCCCUUCUGAAUUUUCGAAGAGAAAUGUUAUUUCACAAAGAUCAAUCAUAAAUUGAUAUUCAUAGUUUGUUCUUAUAUUACGAUCAUCUUAAGUAAAAGUCUCAGAUGCUAAUACAGCAUACUUAUUGGCUAAUAAUGUUUAAAGCAAUACUUAAGACGAUCUUAAUAUAUGGACUAUGAAUAUCGACCAUAAAAUAAAUCAUUCGGCGUUGUAUUAUUGUAAUAAGGUUAUGUGAUCGCUACAAAUUGUGUUUUUUUAAUGUCUGAGUAAUUACUAAAAAUGGACGAAGAAUUAAAUGUUUUGGUUAGUGUCCAAUGUUGGACUUUCCUUCUAAUGCUUUUUCUCGCAAAAAUGCAGUUAAAGAAAAAAAGAAUCAGACGUUGUGUGUGCUCCCCGCUUUCCUCUCGAGAAACCCAGGGAAUCUAUAGGAACUUGUUUAGAGAACUGAGAACUACAGACCACGAAGAAUUCUUCGGUUAUACGCGCAUGAAUGUACAGCAGUUUGAUUACAUUUAUGAUUUAGUGAGACCAUAUUUAAUUAAGCGAAGCAUCAGAACUUCAUUGCCUCUACAGUUACGCGUGGCUUUCACUAUUGAGAUGCUAGCACGAGGCACAUCAAUUAGGACAUCUUCAUGGAAUUAUAGAAUUGGGCGUUCCACUGCAUACAAAGUCUUUAGGGAAACCUGUAGUGCCUUGUGGAAAGCUCUUCAACCAAUAUAUUUGCAGGCAUUAACAAAAGAGACUAUGAUGCAGAUAUCUGAGGAUUUCUUCAACAGAUGGCAGUUUCGCAACUGUGUCGGAGCUAUUGACGGUAAACACGUAUCAAUACAGUGCCCUCCAAAAAAAAAAUUGGCUCUCAGUUUUACAGCUCUUACAAGAAAAGAUUUUCUAGAUCUCAAAGUGAUGGAGGUGUGGCAAAUAGUGCUUUCGGCCAGGCUAUCGAUGCAGGUGAAAUUGACUUUCCUUUUCCAAAGGAGAUUCCCGAUAUUCAAUUAUAGACUCAGUCGUGGUAGAUGUACCAUCGAAAAUGCGUUUGGAAUCAUGUCAUCAAGCUGGCGUAUUCUGAGAAGGGAUCUGUGCUGCACACCAGAAGCAGCAGAAGACAUUGUAAAAGCAAUUGUAUGCUUUCAUAACUUUCUGAUGAUAUCUGAAGACGAGUUAGCACCACUGGAAAGGACCUACUGCCCUGCAUCUAUGUUGGAUAGAGAAAAAGUAGAUAGAAAUGUCAUCGAAGGUGACUGGAGAAGAGAUAUAUACAGGAGACCGAUUACUAAUGUUGGUCGACUUGGGUCCAACAAUCCCACAGUGAGGGCUGAUGCUCAACGAAAUAUUCUUAAAGAUUAUUUUUGUUCAGACAUUGGUCAGCUGGAUUGGCAAUGGGAACAAGCACUAAGGGCAUAUAAUGUUAAUCCCAUUUAAUGAUAGGAUAAGUUAAUGUAUAAUAAAUUAAGUUUAAAUGCAUAAAUUAAGUUUAAGUUUUAAGUUUAGUAUUAAAUUUAUGUAUAAUGUUCAGCAGUAAUGAAUUGUCAUUAUUUGUAUUUUUUUAAUGUGAUAUUUGAACGAUUGUGAUAUUUGAGCUGAGUUCAAUAAAACAGUAAGUGUAUGUAUAAAUAAAACUUGUAAAAGGGGAAAAUAAAUAUAAUGUAUAUUUAAUAA